CAGACACCGCGGCUGGCGAUGAGGAUGGAGGCCGGGGAGGCAGCGCCACCGGCGGGGGCGGGCAGCCGCGCCGGGGGCGGCUGGGGCAAGUGGGUGCGGCUGAAUGUCGGGGGCACGGUGUUCCUGACCACCCGCCAGACACUGUGCCGGGAGCAGAAGUCCUUCCUCAGCCGCCUGUGCCAAGGCGAAGAGCUGCAGUCGGACCGGGAUGAGACCGGGGCCUACCUCAUUGACCGAGACCCCACCUACUUCGGGCCCAUACUGAACUUCCUCAGGCAUGGCAAACUGGUGCUGGACAAGGACAUGGCUGAGGAGGGGGUCCUGGAGGAAGCUGAGUUCUACAACAUCGGGCCCCUGAUCCGAAUCAUCAAAGACAGGAUGGAGGAGAAAGACUACACAGUGACCCAGGUGCCACCCAAGCAUGUGUACCGUGUCCUGCAGUGCCAGGAGGAGGAGCUCACACAGAUGGUUUCCACCAUGUCUGAUGGCUGGCGCUUCGAGCAGCUGGUGAACAUCGGUUCCUCCUACAACUACGGCAGCGAGGACCAGGCCGAGUUCCUGUGUGUGGUGUCUAAGGAACUCCAUAGCUCCCCACACGGCCUAAGUUCCGAGUCUAGCCGUAAGACCAAGAGCACGGACGAGCAGCUGGAGGAGCAGCGGCGGCAGGAGGUGGAGGAGGUGGAGGUGGCCCAGGUGCAGGUGGAGGCGGAUGCCCAGGAGAAAGCCCUGUCAUCUCAGGAUCCCGCUAACCUUUUCUCCCUCCCACCACCGCCUCCUCCUCCUCCGCUUCCUGCUGGAGGUCCUGCUUCAUCUUCAUCCACCUCCUCUUCCUCCUGGAUCUCAUCUGCACCCUGCCUCUUCCCUCUCUGCCCCUGCCCAGGUUUCCUCUCCGCCUGCUCCCGUCUCCACCCUGGGGCUGCCCUAGUCCCAGUCUCCCGUGCCCUCUCCCCGGGCCCCCUGGCCCUGCAUCCCCAAGCAUCCUGCCUGCCGCCUCCUGUGCCCCUUUCGGCCCCUUCUGCCUCCUGGCCUGGGGAGGAGGGGCGUAGCCGCAUCUGCUCUCUGUCCUCCAACCCAGCAGGGCACCUCUGAGGCUGGCCUUGGCCACAGGCCCCACUCUUCCCGCUUGCCUCCUCACGUUUCCUCCUUGCAGGUCCCUGUCCGCACCCUCCCAGACCCAAGCCUGAGCUUGCUGUGAGAGCUCCUCGGCCCCGCGCCCGCCCCCAGAGCUGCCGCCCCUGGUUUGUAGCCUGGCAGAGCUGGAGGGAGGGGCGGAAGCAAGGAGGGUGCUCAUAUCUUGUCCUUGGACUUGAGCCCAGCUUUUGACUGAUUCUCUCCACCCACCAAAGUCUCUCAACUUAUCUGGGCUUGGGGUGAGGUCCUGAGAGCUGAAAAAGUCCAGAGGUGGAGACUCUUGUAUCUGCCUGUCUAUAGUCAGUCAGCACUGGAGCCAGGCCCGGGGAGGGGAGGACUAGCCGUGCGCCUCUGCCCCAUCACGCAUGUCUAGAAGCUCGUGCAGCACUGCAUGUGGGUACUGUGUCCCCUAGUUCUGUGGAGUGGGUGGCCAAGCCACAUGUGGUGUCCCUUGACUGAUGAGCUGGCAAGAGCCUGCCAAGGAUUGGAGCGUGGCAAGAAAAGACCUGAUCUCUAACUGGGUGACCACAGCCCCCAGUCAAGCUGAUCUCCCUGUGUGACCUUGGGCAAGUCACUGCCUCUCUUUGGGCCAUAGUUGGAGUCUAAGAUGGGGCGAACAGCUGCUUCCGGUGGCCCCCUUUUGCCUGGGAAAACAGUGAUCUGCCUCUCCUAUCCCUGUCCCCUCACCAGGCUGCCACCACCAGCCCAAGACUGGCAGUUUCUCCCCUCCUCGGCCCUGACUCCGCCUCCUUUGGGCCUCAGCCCCGCCCCUCCUCCAGAGCCAGCCUGGGACUCACUUGCCUUUCUCUCUCCCUCUCUCCCUCCCUCCCCCACUCUCCUCAACUUUCCUGUCCUGGCAUCACCCUAUCCUCACCCCCCACCCUGAUUUUCUGACCCCCUUCUCCGCUUCCUUCUGUCCCUCUCCUCUCUUAUUUUCUAGCUAUUACAAGCCAGAGGCACCCGGAUGUGAGCCCCCAGAUCACCUCCAGGGACUUGGGGUUCCGAUCUGAAAUCCUUUAUUUUUGUACCACGGGGUGGGCCCCCGGCCCGAGGAGGAAGACUUGCCCUCUCCCUUGUCACUGCUGCCUGCACCUGCCGGGCUGGGACCCAAUCCUGCCUUCAGGCCCAGGCCUGGGGCCCUCUGGGACCUUGGAAGGCUUGAGGUGGGCCCUGGGGUCUCCAGGCAGAGUCACCUGCCCAUGGCCAAAGUGUGGCACUGCCCACCCAUAUCUCCCAGGUCCUUUUGUCCCCUUGCCUGGGUCCCCUUGCUGCAUGGCAGAUACACUCUCUCCCAGCCCAGUCAUAGCACCUCCUGCAGCCUCCAUGGCACCCCUCCUCCUCCCACCUACCUCACAGGGGUGUUGUGAGGACCGGGGAGGAAUGGGGUUCCUAAGCCCUAAGUGUCUGGAGCUGCAGUGGUUUCCUUCUGGGGGGAGGGACUCUGGCCUAACCCCCAAGUGGGACGUUAUGGCUUCAGAUACUGGUGGGGGACAAUGCGAGGACUUAGCCAAGCAGGAAGGAAGCUGCAGACUUGGCAUCACCUUGGCUGCCCCUCCCCCGUGCCACCAUGCCUUUGGCAGCAGAGUGCGCUGGCGAGUCUUUGAGGCUGCCCAGGAACUUGUGGUGGGGGAGGGGGCAGGUGUGAAAGGGGCUGAGCUGCCCCUACGUGUCUUGACCCCUUGGGAUGGGCACACAUCUGUCAGCUGUGUCCCACUCACCCUGAAAUAAACCUGAACAAACAA